UAAACGCCUGUUCGUACAAAUUGUUUUCUAUAAAAUCAGCAAUUCUAAAAUAUAUUUUAUUUCAACUGAUCGUAAUUUUGUAGCAUUAAUUGUAAUUGAGCGUCAUUUUAGGCCUACCAUGGACAUAAAGUGUACAUCGGUUUUUUUAUUUUUAUUAACUGUACAUUUCAAGAGUUGUGAGUCAAUUGUUAAACCGGCUCCGUAUAGCACAGAUCCAGAAGCGAUAGCUGAAAGAGAAGCAUGUGACUACAAUAUAAAAAUUACACUUGAAAUGGCUAAAGCAGGCAAAGCUCCAAGAAAAAUUAGAGUGUAUGCUGAUGGUAUAUACGAUCUAUUUCAUCCAGGACAUGCUAAUCAACUUCUUCAAGCAAAAAAUGCAUUUCCAGAUGUCCAUUUGAUUGUCGGAGUUUGUAAUGAUGUACUUACACAUGCUCGCAAAGGAAAGACUGUAAUGAAAGAUGUAGAUAGAUAUCAAGCAGUUAGUCACAGUAGAUAUGUAGAUGAAGUAUUAACAGAUGCUCCCUGGGAAAUAACUGAUGAAUUUUUGGAAAAGAAUAAAAUUGAUUUUGUUGCUCACGAUGAUGUUCCUUACCUUAAUGAAAAUGGUGUAGAUAUUUAUCAGUUGUUGAAAGAUAGAGAUAUGUUUUAUGGUACUCAGAGAACGGAAGGUGUAUCAACAUCAGACCUUAUUUCCAGUAUUGUUCGUGAUUAUGAUGAUUAUGUUAAACGAAAUUUAAAACGAGGAUAUAAUCGUAAGGAUAUGAAUGUUUCAUUUGUAAAGGCUAAUUCAAUAAAAUUAAAAGGAAAAAUUGAUGAAAUAAAAAUUGCCGUCAAUGAAAAAAAAGAAGACAUGCUUCAUAUGUGGGAAGACGUAUCUAAAGAGUUUAUGGAACAAUUUAUUCAUUUAUUUGGUAGAGACGGUCAAGUUACGAAUUAUUUUAAUGAUAGAAAAGGAAAAAUUCUCCGAUCAAUACCUUCACCUGAAAAAUUUAAAAAGUUACUGCAUUUAAAAGAACUAAUAAUCACAAGUUCAGAUUCCGAGUCACAUACAGAAUCGGAAACAGAAUCGGAAACAGAAUCGCAAACAGAAUCGGAAACAGAAUCGCAAACAGAAUCGGAAACAGAAUUGCAAACUGAAUCGGAAACAGAAUGGCAAACAAUAUCGCAAACUGAAUCGGACACAGAAUCACAAACUGAAUCUGAAAUAGAAUGGCAAACCAAAUCACAAAUUGAAUCAAAACUAAAAAGUUCAGAAGAAUACUAUGAUGCUUUCAGUUCAUUUGAAAAAAUUUAAAGUACUGCUGAAAAUUAAAAAAAAACAAAUUUGUUAAACUCAAAAUACAAAAACAGAAUCAGAAUUUUUUUUUUGUUAUGGAAGGAUAAUCAUAGAAUUUUUACAUCUUUUUAUUUAUUAAAAUAAAUAGACUAUAAGAUAUUUUUUUUUUUUUUUUAAUACUUGUGGCUUGACAAAUAUAAU